GUAUGUGGAUUAAAACAAUAAAAACGUUACUAAAUCCCAAUGGGAUUUAAUGCGUCCUCUCUACUGUUAAUUUGCCAUUCAAAUUACGCACGGUGCCUUUACCGAAGGGAAGAGGCGGAGUGGUUGCAGUGGUGAGUGAACGAAUGAGACAUAUCUCCUCCCUUCCGCUGGCGCUGAAACUCGAGAGAGAAGUGACAGGUAGGAAGACCGUUGUGUAGCUACGAGACCAGACAGACUCACAUAAGACAAGAAUGUCAAACUCAUGAAAGAAAAUGGUUCAUAGAAAAGUCGACAGUUGGUGAGAGAGACCGUUAUAAAAGGAAGUUGCCAGAGAAAUGCAUAUUAGUUUGAGAAUACACUUUACAACUUCGAUGUGGAUAAUUUCAUAUUAAGGUCACAAUGAGUGGACAGCAAACUUUUUAAAACUUAAAAUUGUCAUAACAAAAAUGAAUUUAUAGCCCAUAUAAAAUACGUGGGGCAGUGUCAGAAUGAUUUGUCAACGGAAGGCGCUUGUCAUUGGAGGAUGAUCACUAAAUUAGAUCAGAAUACAUGACAGAAGGAAGUUGUGGAUGUGUUCAACGGGUCGAGACAUAAUACUCCCUUGAUCACAGACACUUUCUAUCCCUCUUCAAAUCAAAUAGCCUACAAUCUCAGUUCAUCAUGCAUAGAAGGAGGAUGCUUCGGGCACUCCCUGUUUUUAUAUUAAUGUUCUUCAUCGUUUUAAUCGUGGACUUUCAACUAAGGACGCGGAAUCUCCACAAACUCAAUUCUAUUCACAAUCCGUUCGGGGGAGACUUACUGCGCUCGAUUCAAGAGACGCCUCUCUCCGCGGCAAAGGAGUCACCAAAGCCGGCCAAGUUUCCUCGACAACCCGCCGCUGUCUCUACUAUGAACCAGACUGUUGGUGGCUUACAAGCGGAGAUACAGAGAAGGAGAGACAAGUUGAGGGCUUUGGAACAGAGAAGGGUUGUCAUCACUCCAUCCCUGUUGAGGUUAACGGACAUCUUCCUCGCGGUGAAGAGCACCGGGAGGUUCCAUGGCACGCGCCUCUCUCUCCUCCUCGAGACGUGGAUCUCCAAGACCAAGGAGCACACGUUCAUCUUUACAGACACGGAGGAUGAAGACAUCAACUCCAGAGGUUACAAUGUGAUUGUGACAGAUUGUCCGUCGGACCACAGUCACCAGGCUCUGUCCUGUAAGAUGUCUGCUGAAUAUGACCACUUUAUGGCCUCCGAUAAGAAGUGGCUGUGUCAUGUUGACGAUGAUAACUACGUGAAUCCUGGAGCUCUUCUCUCGCUGCUCUCAGCCUUCCCCCAAGAUGGUGAUGUCUACGUGGGCAAGCCUAGCCUCAACCACCCCAUCAAGGCCCAUGAACUACUGGAGAGCAACAAGACAAAAGAAGUGCAGUUCUGGUUUGCCACGGGAGGAGCAGGCUUCUGUCUGAGUCGCAGACUAGCUGAGAAGAUGGCUCCAUGGGCUAGUGGUCCCAGGUUUGAGCAGACGUCAGCAGUGAUCCGUCUGCCAGAUGACUGUACAGUAGGAUUCAUCGUAGAGAGAAGACUGGGGAUAUCCAUGGUCCACAGUUCAAUGUUCCACUCUCACCUGGAGAACCUGCUACUGCUGACACCCAGCAAUAUACCUCUACAGGUGACUCUUAGUUAUGGGCUGUUUGAGAACAAGAUGAACAGUGUAGAGCUGAAUAGACUCUUCUCCAAGGAGGAUGAUCCCUCCAGGUUUAAGACGGUCCACUGUCUACUCUAUCCACUGACCAGCUGGUGCCCUUGAAGACUCCAGCUCCCAGCAGCACCUGUGCCUCCUGAGACUUUCCCAAAUGGUGUCAGCACUUCCUGGAUUCUCUGGGUGUGUCUCAAUAAUCUCUCUUUUCUCCUGAAGUGUACACUCGUUUACUACUUCCAACCAAUCUAAAAGUGAUGGGUUGGUCGAGGUAUGGCGUAGUGGGAGUUUCACCCUUGCGUCUUACCCCGGUCAUUAACUUUGAAAUCAGUGUACAAACUUUGGGAGCAAGGAGAGAUAAUUGGGACACGGCCCUGGUUUUACAUGGAAAUAACAGGGACGACAAGCACUAGUCUGGUGCAGAAUGCAGCCUACACUUCCUGUAGCCUAUCAACUUAUUCUAGGAGUUCUAGGAGCCCUUACCAAGACUAGGAGCCCUCCAGAGCCCUUACCAAGACUAGGAGCCCUCCAGAGCCCUUAACAAGACUAGGAGCCCUCCAGAGCCCUUACCAAGACAGCACUUGCAUCAUUUAUUUGCAGGUGUGUAUAUUUGUUGAACAGAGACCAAAAUAAUUAUGAAUAUACUUUAUUUUAUAGAUUUGUAAAACUUCUUAUGAUGACCUCUGGUGAAACUCACUGCUGUAAAAUAUCUGCCAUUUUUUUAAAUCUGUUUUUUUAUGAAAACGGUUUUGAAAUAGUUGGAAAGGCGUGUUUUUAUUUAAUUUUGACACCUUGUUUAACUUUAAAAGUGUAUUGACGUCCCAGUCUGGGCAUCUGUACAUAGUUCCUGGUUUCUGCAAAGCCUGAAAGAAUCAACAUGGUUUACACAGCCUUGAAGGAGAGGUGUGUGUGGAGCUUCUUUGUGUGUACUGGAGAUACAGUGUGUGUGUGUGUGUGUGUGUGUG